UCUGUGCCCAUAAUGAGAAAUUCGACGUACGAACGGCGACGGCAAACGGCGCGAAAGCCGGAACUAGCCGAAACGGGGUAAAGAAAAGAUUGUUUGGGAAUUUAAGUUUUUCAAAUUUAAAUUGUUCAUUACAACAUGAUGGAUGCGUCGCCACCGAGUAGGACUUUACGCAGGAGAAAGGUAACUGUAAGAUUUGUUGAAGAUGCCAACAUUAUGCCAACUGCUGAUGAGAUACGGAAACAAGAUGGGAAAGAGAAUGCUCGUCGAAAAACAGCGGAAAAAAUUGAAAUACCUGCAUCAACUUCUUCAGCUGGUCGUCGAAAAUCUUUGCGUCAGGCUAAUAAUGAAAGUAGUACCAUGAAAGACGAUAUCUUGAUGAAAAUUGAAGAAGAAAUGUUACCCGAGGAAUUUACUGAAAAACUUCUUAAACCUUCAGCUCUCCUUGGAGAUGAUGAUGGUCCUGCCACGGUAGGGUUUCAGACUCCUAGAAAACGUAAAAGUAUGGUCCUCAAAGCUCAGGAGUCAGCUAGCAAAUAUUCUUCUCCGUGUAAACCUCUAGAGAACACAACUCCUUGCAAGACUCCUCGUAGGGGCUCUGAGGUAGUUGUCAACACCCCUAGUCGACGAGUAUCAAUAGGAGGUGUGAUUGGAGCAACACCCUCUAAGGGUGAUGGUACUCCAACAAAGAGUGCUCUUCGUAAGAGAGAGACCACUUGCUCCACUCCUAAGGCACGGGUUUCAUUGCUGAUGCAAGAUAAUUCUUCUCAAAGUCUACAGAAAAGUCAAUCAGCUGUUGACAAAACACCAGGUCGAUUAAGACUCCGAACUCGAAAUUGUAUAGAGAAGACAAUUGCUGAACCUGAGAGUGAUGACGGAGAUUUUUCUUCAGAUGAAGAAUCUUUCAAACCUAGUGACGAUAGCUCUGAAUCAUGUAGUGAUGAGUCAAUGGAUGAAGAUGAUUCCCCAAACAAAGAUGUCUUUAAGGUAGAAAAUAAGAAAAUUCAGGCAUCUAGUGUACCAAUGGCAUCAUCAUCUAAAGUGACUCGAAGGGCUGCUAAAGAAGAAAAAGAUUUUGAAAUAUCUACUGAUGCUUAUUUUGAAACUCAAAGUGCCAAGCAAAUUACUUCAAAUAAUACCUUAAGCCAACUGAAAACACCUCGACUUCAACAAGAUAUGCUUCUGAAGUUGUUAGAUGAUGUGGACUCUCCUCACCAUGAACCUAUUUCUCAACUCUCCAAUGCACAUCGUUCUUAUGUAGAACAAUGGCUAUUCUCUCUGUGGGAGGGGUAUAACAUAUUACUCUAUGGAUUGGGUUCCAAGAGACAUAUAUUACAUGCCUUACAACAAGAUGUGCUUUCAAAUUCCAAUGUGUUAAUUGUGAAUGGAUUUUUUCCUGGUGUCACCAUAAAAAACGUAGUUGAUGAUAUUUUAACUGAGAUUUUGGAUGUAAAAGAUAUACCUGCAAAUUUGUUGGAAUGUGUGGACAUGAUAGAAUAUAUCCAAUCAAAAAAAAGUUCUGAACCAAUUUACCUUCUGGUUAAUAACAUGGAUGGUGCUUCAUUUCGUAAUGAUCGAGCACAGGCAACCUUCUCACAUCUUGCUCAGAUGCCAAAAGUGCAUCUUAUUGCUUCCAUAGACCACAUCAAUGCACCUCUCUUGUGGGACCAAGCCAAAUUACGUCGAUUCAAUUUUAUUUGGUGGGAUGUGACUACCUUUGUUGCUUAUGUAGCAGAAACUUCCUAUGAGAGCUCUUUAUUGAUUCAACAAUCUGGUGCUUUGGCUCUCUCAUCAUUGAAUUCCGUAUUCAAAUCUUUGAUUCCAAAUGCUAAGAAGGUUUUCCUUCUAAUUGCCAAAAAUCAAUUGGACAAUGCCAAAAACCCGAGUUUUUCAGGUAUUUCUUUCCACGACCUUUAUUGGAAGUGUAGAUCUGCCUUUUUAGCCAGUUCAGACAGAGUAUUAAGAGCUCAGUUAACUGAGUUUUUGGAUCAUCAUCUGCUAAAGGGUCGACGUGGCACAGAUGGAGUGGAAACUCUCAUGAUUCCUAUUGAAAGUGGAAUAUUAUCUCAAUUUUUAGAAUCUCAAGAGCAAGAAACAGCAAGUUAAUGUUGAAGCUCUGCAAGAAAUUUGAUAUGUGGUUGUGAUUAUAUCAAGGUUGUGUGGGUUGUGUUUAUUAGCUGUUCUCAGCACUUCAUUUGAUUUUCAUUAUGAACUUGCUAUUGCUAUUACUUAAAAGUGUUACUAUUAGCUCUAGGUACUUGUGAUUUUAAAGCAUAAUUCUUAAAUUAUUAACUUAGUACAGUAUUUGCACAACUUUUGUUUUAUUACUCUAGUCUUAUAUUGAUGUAGAUAGAUAGGUAUUGAAUAGACUUUUCUAUUACCUUCAUUGUCUGCAUUGAAGUAUCAUGUGUCUUAAUACAUAAAUAAAUAAUUAUUUCAAACAUAUCA